AUGUCUCGGACGCAGAUGAUUUCUGUCCACGCGCGCUACUCGCCUGUUGGAGAUGCCGUACGACGCCAUGAGGGAGGGGUGACCAAGGCCAAGAAGGCUGCGCUGACGGGAAGCGGGCGAGCCUGGAGAGAGGAUGAGGAAGCGUACCUCCUGCAGACGCGUCUGCAGAAGAUGCCGUACAAGCACAUCGCGGCACACCUCAACAAGACGGAGCUGGCGUGCAGGCUGCACUACCACCAGCUGUCGCACGGCAGCACCCGGCGGAAGCGCACGGCGUCGUGCUCGUCUGGGUCCUCGGAUCCUGCGUCGUGCCAGCAAGUCUUUACGGGCAGCCCGGUACAGAAGAGCAAGUCUCGUUCUCUAUCGCCGAUGCAGGGGGCGGCAGGGUACCUGCCCAUGCCGACCACGGGAGGCACCAUGGGCGGCAACGACGUCCAACUGCCGAGCAUCAUGACGACGGACACCUCGCCGCGGCUGCCGGCGAUUCUGCCCAAGCCUGAACCCAUGAGUUAUACACGCCCGAGCGAGUCUCCACGCGGGUACCCCAUCAUCAUGGCGGAAGCGCCGCGCGAGCAGAGCCUGCCGCCAGUCAACUUGCAGCCGCAAGGCUACGGGCAAGGAUACGCGCCAGGGCUUCGGCUUGACUGCGCGGGACUGCCGCCGCCAUCUGCGUCGGUGCACACGGCGGCGCACGUGGACCUCUCGCGGCUGCACUCCAUCUACGAGGCGCACCGCAACGAGUUCUGGGCGGCCGUCGCGGACGAGUACGGACGGAGCACGUCGCCGGCGGCGCUGGAGCACGCGUGGAAGACGGGCGUCUGCUGCCCGCAGCGAGGCAGCAACCCAAUGACGCCGGUGGACAGCCCGGACCGGGACCGAGUCCGCGACAAGACGAGGAUCUCGUCGAUUUUGGGGUAG